GUGGACGCUGCGGUUCAGUGCGAUCGCAGACAUUGUGCAAAACGGUUCGCAUAGGCAGGAAAGUGGAAUUGAAAUUGGAAGUGCUGUUGCUGCAAGUACCUGUUGUUGUUGUUCACGCUCUUGUUGUUAUUGUAACUGUGUCAAGCAAAUUUUAAAAGGGCGUAACCGGAAAAAACGCGAAUAGUGUGAAGUGACAAAUAAAUCAAUUUCUACAAAGAACACAAGACACAUUGAGCUUUAUCAAUUUGUGUUUUCUUCGGAGGCUCGACAUCUCAAUUCCCCCUUUUUUUCUGGUUUUCUACGGCAACAGCUAUGGACAGCGUAAAGUCGUUUUUUGCAAACCCAAACAAAGAGAAUAAUCUUGGCAAUCAGCAAAAUGGCGUUACGGGACGCUGGAACAACUGGAAUAGAAACGUUCAGGCUCACGCGGUUCCUGUUCCUGUAAAUGCGACCAUAAGAAACCCAACCAGUUUCGAUGCAAAGCGCAAGGAUAGUGAUAACUACUUCUACAUCAUGUGGCGAUCUUAAAAACAUCCUAGAAGAGCUGGCAGUACGACAGCAGAGCCAUAUCAUUAAGAUUAAGUCUAAAGUGACCUGCAGCGGUUUUGUGCUCACAUCUUAUUAGAGACAUCGGAAGCUGUAACAGACGUGUUUUUUUUAUGCCUUGUUGCACAAUCUCCAUACCCGGUGUUUAGUGAUAUUAGUUAUUUAUUUAAGAAUAUAAUUUUUGUUACAUAUACAUUCAAUUGAUAUACGUAUUUUGUCUCGUCGAAACUGGCAUUAUAACCUUGAAGCCCAUAUAUGGACCCGAUUACAGUUAUUGGCUUGAUUUACUGGCUGUUCUGCAUGAUAUUAUUUGGACCCAUGAUGUUCUUUGUCUGCGUUUACCUUCCCGAAGUGCCAGUGCGAUAUGUGAAGAGCUUAAGGCAGUACACAUAGGCCUUUUUAUACACACAACUUAAUUGUUAAUACAUAGACAAGUAAAUAGGUGUUCAUUUUAAGAAAACACACAGUUUAUACUGAAACUAAUGUACUCGUAUAAUCAACAUACCAUUGAACUCUCUGCAAUAAAUACGUUCAUGUGGAAUAUUACGAAA